AUGGCGAGGGUAUCGCGCCUCCUCGGGGGCCCAUCUCGCCGCGGGGGAUCGCGCGCCGUCGCGUUCACCGCGCUCGCGCUCGUGUUCUGCGCGAUCGGCGGGGCGUUGGCGGACGGCGACGACGACGCGAUCGAUUCCGUCGACCCCGACGACGAUUCGUUCCCAACCUCCGAGGACGUCCCGCUGUGGCAGUUCGAAACGGAGGUGGUGACCAUCGGCAAGGCCAGCGGAAAGGAGAAGAGGAAUGACGUACCCGCCUUCUUCCUCCGCGGCGACGACCCGGCGCAGGCCGCCACGAGGUUCGUCUACCUCAACGCGCUGCCCAUGAACCACCUGCCCCACUUCGUCUCCGUCUUCGCGCACGAGUGGCGGCACAACGUCCGGGAGGAGCUCAAACCCCGGACGCGCGCGCACAAGCGCAGGGCGGCGGUUCUCGGCCCGAGAUCCUACUGGAAAAGGGGCGCGGAGCACGCGCGGGCGGGCCGAGACGGCGAGGCUCACUUCGACUACGCCAGGGCCGUCGCGGGCGUCGGCCUGGACGAGAUCGACGACCCGGGAGCCAAGGCGGAGGAGACGCUGUCCAACGGCGAGGUGGACGAGAUCUACCAACUGCUCAACGCGCACCACCGAAGGCACUCGCGCGCGCUGAACGCCGCGGACAAGACGCGCGAGCAGCGCGCGGCGGCGCACGAGAGGAACGCGUGGGUGUUCGAGCGAAGGAAGGAGGCGAGGCGGCGAGUCGAGGAGGACGAAGCCGACUUUCGCGCCGCGUUGUCGGGCGUCCAAUCGCGGGACGACACGUCAGACUCAGAAGCCACGUCGGAAGCCAAUGACGAGACGACGACGCGGGUCGCCAUCGUCGCGGGACUCGCGGUGUCGCUGUCGUUGGACGACGACGCGGCGAGCGCGACGUCGGCGCACUUUGCGACGAUCGGAAAUAGCGACGCCCGACUGGCGUGCUCCGUCGCCCUCGAGCUCCACUCCAAACUAAACCGCCCACCGCUCGCGUGCGUUGCGGGGAACGCCUCGGAGGAAUCCAAAACGUCAUCUGCUGGGGACGAUUCGCGUACCCCCGAGGCGUGCGGGAACGCCGCGAAGAAAGCGCUGCUCGGUUCCGAAGACGACGGCUCACUCGCUUCGACGCUCUUGUUGCGAGCGUUUAUUCUCGCGGGGGGUGCCGUGGACGAUCGCGCCUUCUUCGACGACCUCACCAAGGCGCUCGUCACGGCGCACGCGUACGCCUCGAUGCGCGCGGCGGUCGACGCCGAGGACUGGGAGGCGGUCGCACGGGCGGCCCAAACGGGCGACGCCGCCGCCGUCGCCGGUCGCAAACCCGACGCCCGGCGAAAGCUCGCGGCGGCUCGAGCGCAUUUCGAGUUGGGAAACUGGCGCGAGUGCGAACGCGCCGCGAACGCCGCCGUCGCCGCCUCCGUCACCCGCGGGGACUGGCGCCGCGGGCAGGUUCGCGCGCUCGCGGUUUCGUACGGCGCCAGGUGCGCCAUCGCUCGCGGCGACGGCGACGCGGCGCUUCGAUCCUUCGCCGUCGCGAUGCGCGCGGAUCCGGACAAUUCGCUCUUCAAAAACACGUACAAGCUCAUCAAGGACGCGGGCAAGCUGGUGACGGACGCCGGGGUCAAGCUGGACCGCGGCGAGUCCAGGCUCGCGCUCGAGUCCGCGGAUAAGGCGUCCGCGAACCUGCGCGCGGUGGGCGCGGAUGAAAAGUCCGCGAUGUUCGCCGAAAUCGACGCCAGGAGGUGCGUGGCGCACGCGCAGAUGCGAGCGUUUGAGUCGGCGCUGGAGCACUGCGCCAGGGCGGCGAAGGCCAUCGGCUGCUACGACGACGGGUCUCACGACAGCGAGGAGGACUUCAAGCGUUUAUGCGACAGGGCCGACGCCAGGGUGUACGCCAGGGUGAUGAUGUCGCGAGCCGAGGUUCAUUUAAGGGACGACUAUCCCGAGGGCGCGAUAGGCGACUUGAGGGACGCGGUGGAACGCAUCGCGCCCAACGCGGAGCGGGGUUCGAGCGAAGGUGCGAGGAUCCUGGAGGAGGCCCGGGGUAGGUUGCACGAGGCGGAGCGCGCGAAACACAAGCACGAUAACGACAGGGACCACGCCAAGAUGCUAAACCUGCCGGAGAACCUCGCCGAGCUCUCGAAGGACCGCCGGUGCGAUUUCGUUAAAAAAGCGUACAAGAAGGCGGCGCUGAAGUGGCACCCGGAUAAGGCCGCCGAGAGCGGAAAGCUGAGGGCGGCGAGGAAGAUGAACGAGAUGACCGAGGCGCGGGACCACGUGAACGAACGCCUCGGGUGCGUCGCGCCCAAGAAACCCGACGAGAACGAUCCGCGGGCUCAGCAGCAGCGGCAGCACCCGCACUUUCGCAACUUUCAUCACGGCGGGUUCCCGGGCGGGGGCGGCUUCGGCGGCGGGGGGUAUCAGCAACGGCAGCGGCAGUACCAGCGCAGGCCGGGAGGGCAGCGCAUGCACUGGGAGUUUUGA